UUCAAAGCUUCGAAAAUCGAAUAUUGCCUUCGAAGUAUUUUGAACAUGUGCUCUGCACGUGGAACAACAACCUCGUGCAGCACGUGAUUUGGGAGCAGACGUGAAAGGAGUUGUCACCAGACAGUCAAGGACGAGCUGCGACGGAGAGCAUUAAAUGAUGGCCCGUUAUCUGCUGCUGCUCCUCGUGAUUACUAUUGUCCCCGGUGGUAAUGAUGGCCAAAACGCUGUCUUUCCAAAAGGAUACAUUAUGGAAGUCCAGCCGAGCUGUGGAAACAGCACCUCCGAUAGUCCAUCCAUUUCCGUGGUUACCGACCUGAAGGCCCAGGCCCGAGCCGAGUGUGCCAACGGGGUCUUCUACUUCAACAACGUCAACAAAGCUAAACUCACCCUCCAGGUGUCCUUCAAGGGAAAGAAUUCUAGCUUGUGCGAGUUUGUGAAACGUGCCGGAACCCCGGUGUACGUUGUCAAGGUGAUCGUCGUGUUCGGAGAGAAGGGUCGCAUGCUGGCACUUAAAGACCAAGAAGUCACCGUCACAUGCACGUAUGAAGCAAAGAAAACCAAGCAAAGCGGUACCCAUAAAGUCCACGCUGCGCUGAUAGCUCCUCCCGAGCUGCAGAAACACCAGGGCAAGCUGAGCACCACCUCCGUCCUGACACUCGAGCUGACCGACAUCCUCGGCAACAACAUCACGGGGCAAAGUAUUGACCUCGGGAGGAAGGUUCAACUAAAGGCAACGACUAACGGUGGUUCAAAAGAGAAAGGUUUGCAUCCUGUGUCGUGCGACGCUGUGGGGACCAACACCAAAAAGAGAUACGCCAUUCUCAGGGGAGGGUGCGGUGACGGUAUUGUCUUCAACAAGAGCGCUGGAUUCAUCGUGGACGGCCUCACUGCCCGCAGCCCCUACUUUGCCUCCUUCCAUCUCGGUGAUGACCUUGAAUUUAGCUUCGACUGUAACUUCACACUCUGUGUGAAGAAAUGCGAUGGGAGUUCGUGCGCUACCGAUAGGAGGAGGCGGGAGUCUAACAAUGCCCAAUCAGACAACUACAUCCAGGUGGCAACAGCCCCCACCGUCUUCGGACCUGCCCAUGUGGAUUUUGCCGACGUGGAAGGCGACGUUGAUGACGUCGUUGAAAGCGACAAUUACGCGGAUCGCGAUGUGCAGACUGAAGAAUAAACUCAUAUCAAUAGUGUAA